CAUUUCACCUUCAACAAACGACGAAUUAUUGCAGGUUCUGCAAUGAAUUGAGCAAAAUGCUAUUCCGCACUUACGAAACCGUCUGUACUCUGCCGCUCAAGGCAGAUUUAUUUGCUCAGGCGGUUCAUCCUCAGGAACCAAUUGUAUCCGUGGGAUUGAGUUCUGGCCAUGUCGAAACAUUACGCUUACCGUCGGCCGGCAAUAGUGAAGAAAACGAUAACAAUGAAAAUGAUGAUGACGAGGAUAUUGAAGGAUCGUCACGUUUAUCAGCGGCGAAUGGUGGUGGGACCGGUCAUAUAGAUACAGUCUGGUCGACACGAAGACAUAAAGGGAGCUGUCGGUGUUUGACGUUUGGGAUUGACGGCGAGACACUUUAUUCUGCUGGGACGGAUGGCAUUGUGAAGGCUGCAAAGUCUGAGACGGGCGUUGUCGUGAAUAAGAUUGUCAUUCCGCCUGCCAAAUCGAAGAAGAAAGCACUAGAUAACGAAAUCGACUCCCCUUCAUUGAUACACGCGAUUUCUCCUCAGAACCUGCUACUCGCCACCGAUUCGGGCGCUCUCCAUGUCUACGAUUUACGUAUACCCUACUCCCGCGUCUCUGCACGGCCUGAACAGACAUACCGCCCUCACGGCGACUACAUCUCCUCUCUCACAGCACUCCCACCGUCAGACACAAGCACUUCUGGGUACAGCAAACAAUGGGUAACGACUGGUGGUACCACGUUGGCCGCUACAGACUUACGUAGGGGCAUCCUCCGCAAGAGCGAAGAUCAAGAGGAAGAGCUGAUCUCAUCCGCUUACAUCGGCGGUCUACCUAAAACCGGCACCAGCGUCGGCGAAAAAGUUCUUGUUGGAAGUGGCACAGGUGUCUUGACACUAUGGGAAAAGGGUGUCUGGGAUGACCAGGACGAGCGAAUCUACGUUGCGCGCGAAAGCGGGGAGGGUGAAGCCUUGGAGUCGAUGGCUGUUGUCCCGUCUGACGCUGGGUACGGCAAGAUGGUUGCUGUUGGUCAGUCCGAUGGCCAGAUCUCUCUGGUUUCCAUCGGUCGGAACAAAGUCAUGGACAGAGUCCGGCAUGACGAAGUUGAAGGUGUUACUUCUCUUGGAUUUGAUGUUGAAGGACGCAUGGUCAGUGGCGGUGGUCAAGUGGUCAAGGUCUGGAGUCCGAGCAUAUAUAACGAGGGAUAUUCUUUUGCCGGGAGCGUGAGGAAGUUUGACGGCCCGAGCUAUGAUCUCGACAGUGACGAGAGCUAUGGUAGUGACGAGAGCGACUUGGUCAAGGAGAAGAAAAUCCGCAAGAAGAGGAAGAAGGACAAAGGAAAGAGCAGUGAUAAGGAAGUUAUGGGAUUCGCAGAUCUCGAUUGAUCUUUUUCGAAAGUGAAGGUGAUAUUUUGGCAAGUUACACAGCAUGGCAUGGUGUUCAUAGGAGUCUUUUGAUUAUGCAA